AUGACAAGCUCCUGGAACGAAACCACGCUCCCAACCAUUCUGUCGAAUUACAAAUUGGAGGACACUUUCAACGCAGACGAAUUUGGUUUGUUUUACCAAUGUCUUCCCGAGAAAACAUACCACCUCAAAGGAGAAAAGUGUUCUGGGGGGAAGAAGAGCAAGUUGAGAUUCACUGGAAUGGCCGCAGCAAGUGCUACUGGAGAAAAGUUGCCAAUGUUCGUCAUUGGCAAAUCAAAAAAACCUCGCUGCUUUAAUAACAUCAAACAUCUCCCUUGCCAAUACACAUCACAAAAGAAAAGUUGGAUGAAUAGUGAAAUAUUUGAAAACUGGGUCCGGAAACUGGACCAAGAGUUUCGUGUAGACGGGAGAAAAAUCGUUCUUAUAAUCGACAACUGUCCAGCACACCCAUCGAUCUCGAACUUAAGAAACAUUCAUCUCGUUUUUUUGCCCCCUAACACAACGUCUGUACCAAGGUGUCAUACGAAGUCUAAAAGCGCAUUACCGAAGGAGAGUUGUACGUUUGCUGUGCACGGAAUGAAGAUACUGGCUGAUUCUUGGGAGGCUGUAACUAAACAAACCAUCAUCAAUUGUUUUAAGAAAUCUGGAAUCUCUUCUACAGGACAACAGGAUGCUAUUGCUGAUUCGGAUGACCCAUUUAAAGAUCUCCAAGAAAGUUUGGAUGAUUUAAGAGAGGCUGAUCCAUCAUUGGUACCAAAUGAUCUCAGUGCUAAUGAUCUUGUGACCUUGGAUGAUGAGGACGACGAAGCUGAAGACGAUGGCAGUGACAUGGAGGAUGAUUCAUUUGAUAUAGUUGUCGAAAAACCAUCAAGAUCAAAAGUCGAGUGUAGUAUUGAUCUUUUGAAAGAUCUAUUCAUGAUUAGCACAUGUAACGCAGCUAUUUUGCUACAUAAAGUUAUAAUAUUGGUUGAAUUAGUAAAAAUGCUUUUUAAGCUCAAUUUUUCUGACAAAAACCUUUUAUUCGCAUAA